AUGUCUUCUGAUCUCGUACAUUACACGAUGCCCAACACCGCACCGGAAAAUGCUUACACCACGCCUACGAUCUUCCCCGAAGCCCAAGGCAGCUGCAGCACCUCACCAGCCUCACCCCGCCCGAACCCGUACGCCAUCACCAUCCCGCCAUAUAUCCAACCCUUCCCGCACCUGACGCCCGAGCAGCGGGUCGUCAAGCUGACGCAGCACCGCAACCCGAAGGAGAUCAAGAAGACGACGGACAAGUACAUCGUCUUCAAGAAGGACAAGGAGGGCAGGGACUACGCGGGCUGGAAGACCUCCGGGAUCCCGACGCCGCGCGAGGUCAAGCAGAUGCUGGACGCGUACCACACGCGGGGGCUGUGUCCCUUCCGCAAGGUCAAGAGCGUGCUGCUGCUCGGCCGGGGGCUGACGAACCUGUACUUCCUCGUGCGGUUCCACCCGGCGCGCACGCACGAGGAGGAGAGGUGUCCGCUGCCCGCCAAGGUGGUGCUGCGGUUCCUGCUGCCCGUGUUCGCGUCCGUCGACCCCAAGAACAAGCACGACUCGAAGCUGCAGUCGAAGCUCGAGUACGAGAUCGCCGUCACGGCGCACGUGGGCAAGUACACCGACCUGAUUCCCAAGGUGCUCGUGUUCGAUCCGUGGGGCCAGAACGAGUUGCAGCUGGAGUGGGUGAUGACGGAGUUCAGGGACGGGUUCGUUCUGCAGAAGUGCGGCGACCCUUUGAAGUGUACCUGCGAGACCGGGCUUGACGGCUUCCAACCUCUGGGUGGGAGACCGCCUGUCUUGAGCGGCGCUCAAGAGGACAAGAUUCGACGGCAAGUACGCGAGAUUUUCAACCGGGUCGAGGAGGGCUUCAUGAGCUCUGCCAACCUCGGGCCCAUCAUCGGAGGGCUGGGGAUCAACUGGGAAACAAACGAGCUCCGAAAGAGCGAGCUGACACUGGAGCAAUUUCACAUCAACGAGCGGAAAUACGGCGUCAAGAGACUUCAACUGAGCCGCGGACCGUUUGAUUCCGUGGAAGCCUACAUCGACGAGUCCAUGAAGGUCGCUUAUCCGGAUUUGGACGAGGGGGCGCUGUACACCAGGAAGAUGACUCUCCUGUCAACCCUCGAAGUUGAAGGUUUGGGCUUACAGGAGGUUCUGAAUUUCAUGCGGCGAUUCGACUUCCCGGCCGAGGAAGACGAGUGGCCGGUCACCAUCAACCACACGAACCUCCACGAGGGCAACAUCCUGGUGGACGGUAGUGGAGAGCUUGUGGCGAUCAUGGGGUGGGAAGACGCGAUCGUGUUCCCUACGGCUUGGCGAGGACUUCUUCAGAGACUGGAUUUGGCUUUCAAGCAGCUUAGUGACGAUAACCUGUUCCGUCCUCUGAGUGACCUGCUUCGGCCUUUUCAGCGAGGAAAUCCCUUUGGCCCGGCAAGACGCUCGCACGGCACCGGUCACGUAUGCCCUCGAACAGAGAUUGGCAGCCCGGUCUCGUUUCGUGCUGAUGAGCCUCGCUCUGCUGAAUCAAACAAGAAAGAGAAGGGACGAGCUGGUCGCGUUGUGCGACGCCUUGCACAUUUCAAGAAGUAG